UAAAGCCAAAAGGUGAAACGGCAUUUUUGAGGAAGUGGUUUUAGGUUAUAUUAUCGGGCAGCUACACCACUUACUAAAAAUACCCAUUACAUUUACACCCGCUGCUCACUCAGGAGUCAGGACUCAGGAGCCAAAACGCUCAUCUAUCUCAUCUCAUUCUCAGUCUCGUUCUCUUUAAUCGUUAUCAUCUCCUUCUCUCUUCUAUGCGCUGGUUUCUCUGCUGUUGAUACUUCCUAGGUGACCAAAAUGCCGGAAUCCUUGUUGGAGGCGCUUUUUAUGGUGAAACCUCCUCAAUCAUGAUAUUUCAGUGGAAAUCCACACAUUUAAAUAUUACUGUAGCUAUACACUUUACAUUCAAUCAAAAUGCCAUACUUUAGUUCUUGGGUAUCACUUCAUGACACAUUUAAAUCAAACACAAACAAUCCUGGGAAAUACUUUGGUGAUGCCUUUGAUUUUAUGUCUAACACAGCAAUCCAACUUUGUAAUAUGUUGAUACUGGGUAUCAGGUCAACCCAAUUUACACAGUAUAAUCAAACACGAAUAAUCCAGUGCAAAACACCCUCUUUUAUUUCUACAUUUAUCACUGCUUCCUCUUUCUCGUCUUAUCCACAUUUAUCCAUUAUUUAAAAAUGGCUUGUAUGCGUCCUCAUGGUUGCCAUAGAAGCUUGAUUGGGGAUCUGCUUAUUCUCAGAAAAGAAUUACAUAAAGCAGUCAUGGCUGAGGGUUCAGAGAUUGAUGAGCGUGUCGACCUUGAUGAUGAUAAUUACAUGGAAGAGACAGAUGAAGAAGUUGUUGAUGGAAUUGAGGAUGAUCCUGAUGAGGAUCCUGAUGAGGAUCCGGAGGAUCCAGAAGAGGAGGAAACUAGUGAUGAGAAGGUUGAGGAACCUGAUGGUAGCGGAAAAGAGCAAUCAUCAGAACCUGAUCAAAGUCCCGCUGAUGGUCAUGGGGAAGAUGAAGAGAAGUACACAACUUUAAUGAAUGAAGAAGACAAAGAGAAGCAUUCUGAGCUUCUAUCACUACCUCCUCAUGGAUCCGAGGUUUUCAUUGGGGGACUUCCAAAGGAUGUUACAGAAGAAGAUCUAAGAGAACUGUGUGAGCCUGUUGGUGAAAUAUUUGAAGUUAGAUUAAUGAAAAAUAAGGAUACCGGUGAAGUCAAAGGAUAUGCUUUUGUGGCAUUCAAAACAAAGGAAGAUGGCCAAAGAGCAAUAGAUGAGCUUAAGAACAAGGAAUUCAAGGGAAAAACAUUGAGGUGCUCUUUGUCCGAUUCAAAGCACAGGUUGUUUAUAGGAAACAUACCUAAAAGCUUGUCUGAAGAUCAGUUUAAAAAAUUGAUACAUGAAGUUGGCCCCGGGGCAGAGAUAAUUGACCUUAAGCAGGAUGCAUUAAAUCCUGGUCGUAAUCGUGGCUUUGCUUUUAUCGAGUAUUACAACAAUGCUUGCGCUGACUAUGCUAGACAACAAAUGUCUAGUGGAAGUUUUAGGCUGGAAGGGAACACCCCUACCGUCACGUGGGCUGAUCCAAAAAGUGCGCCAGAUUCUGCUGCAGCUUCUCAGGUCAAGGCGCUUUAUGUAAAAAACAUACCGGACACUGCCACUCCAGAGCAGCUGAAGGAACUCUUUCAACGCCAUGGAGAAGUCACAAAGGUUGUGCUGCCACCUGCAAAAGGUGGACAAGGCAAAGGGAAUUUUGGAUUUAUCCAUUUUGGUGAAAGGUCUAGUGCUCUGAAAGCUGUCAAAGAUACAGAAAAGUACGAGAUUGAUGGUCAGAUGCUAGAUGUUACGAUGGCUAAGCCUCAGACAGAUAAGAAGACUGAAGCAGCUGCUUCUUUCCCUGCUGGUGUGAACUACCUUGCUCCACCAACUUAUGGUUUUGCUGGAAAUCCAUAUGGUUCAUUGGGGGCUGGCUAUGGGGUUGCUAGUGGAUAUCAACAGCCAGUAAUAUAUGGAAGAGGGCCAAUGCCGUCAGGCAUGCAGAUGGUGCCUAUGGUUCUGCCUGAUGGCCGAAUCGGCUAUGUCUUGCAGCAACCUGGGAUGCAGAUGGCUACACCGGCGCGGCCACGGAGAAAUGACCGCUCUAAUGGAUCAGGUGGUCCUCAAGGAAGGGGUAGUGGGAGUGGAAAUGAUGGUAAUAGGAGUAGAAGAUUCCGACCCUAUUAGUAGAAGGAUGUUGUCGAUCUUUUAUUUUCUGGAGGAGGAGCAAUGAUACCUACUAAUUGCUAUGCUGCUCAACUUCCAUCUUGGGAAGUUGGACAAGACUACAGUAUGGCUUGGGAAAGCUGAUAGCAGAUGAAUGUGGGAUAGGUUGAGGAUGCCUUAUUUUAUUUGUAAAAUGAACUAGUUGUUUUCAAACUUGCGUUGUAUCUAGAUACCGAGUGAAACUAGAUUUCGAAGUCCUCAAAUUAGUGCCAUCAGAUUAGCGAUUUGUUUAUUGUAAUUGCUCUGUUUGAAGAUUAAUAAUAUAUGACAAAUUUCUUUUUCAUA